GGCACUAAUUAUUUGUUGAGUUUUCAUCAUCUUUAUACGUAACUCUAGGUUCUGAUUUCCUUUCGCAAGUUGGAAGCAAAGUGGAAGUUCCACAUUGCCUUCAAUAUGCAGAUUUUCGUAAAAACACUCACUGGGAAGACCAUCACCUUAGAGGUUGAGGCUUCUGAUACGAUAGAAAAUGUUAAAGCUAAGAUUCAAGACAAGGAAGGUAUUCCGCCAGAUCAGCAAAGAUUGAUCUUUGCUGGUAAACAGCUAGAAGAUGGUAGAACCCUUUCAGAUUACAAUAUCCAGAAAGAAUCUACUUUACAUUUGGUAUUACGUCUGAGAGGUGGAGCUAAGAAACGCAAGAAGAAGAAUUACUCCACUCCAAAAAAAAUCAAGCAUAAGAAAAAGAAGGUUAAACUUGCAGUACUCAAAUUCUACAAGGUGGAUGAGAACGGAAAAAUUCACCGAUUAAGGAGGGAAUGCCCCAUGGAACAAUGCGGUGCAGGAGUGUUCAUGGCAGCAAUGGAAGAUCGUCAUUACUGUGGAAAAUGUGGUUACACUCUUGUUUUCAAUAAGCCGGAAGAUAAAUGAAUUGAAAGCUUGUACCUUCAUUAAAACAAUUUUAUAAGUAUAAA